AUGCCUGCAAAAGCAGCUAUAGCCGCCGCCGCGCCGUCUUCGUUCAAGGGCGAGACGUUUCCUCAAUACGUGCUCUAUCGCCCAAAUCGAAGUUUCAAGGCCGAGAUCCCCAAUACUCAAGUAUUAAUACCUACUGCAACUCCCCUCCUGACGCCUACUGCAUUCCUAACUGCAUCAAUACCCAAGCAAGAACCACCUAAAGCUCGACUAACUAACACACGACAACCAUCUCCCAGUCUACGGCCAUCGCUCUCGGAACAGCUCAAGACCAUUUCGCAAGGAGCGCAGGCCAUCACAGCACAGCUCGCUAGCACGUACAAGCUCUCGAACGCACCUGCCCAACUUUCCCGUGAUGACUCUUUCCAGACUCCCACCGUUAGUCUUAGUGUCGGGAAACUCGAGUGUCGAUUCCCGUGUCCUGCCACCUUCUCAUCCGACCGGUGCACGUACCUGUUCCAACAUCCCUACGAAGCCAAAGAAGUGCUCAUGAUCAUGUACUAUCGGGAUAUGCUGCACGCGUCGGUCAAUACAACAGACAAGAGCUUCCGCUUCCGCUUAUCCAGAGUCCUGGAGCAGUUCGGAGACGAUUAUAACCCAAUGAACGCGCAACACUGGAUCCGAAUCGUCUUGGCGACUUCAAGCGAAGCCCACAAAGUCAAGCAGUAUCUCGCUUCUCUCGGCGUCAUUAAUAAGCGCUCCGUAUCCUGUACUUCACACAAAUAA